CAGGGCGUUGGGCCAGCCCAGGAGGCUCCCAGGGGCGGAGGCGGGGAGCUGGCACCGUCCCCAUCUUUUGCAACCCGCCUCCCUGCAAGCCGGCUACCCUUUGGCUUGGCCACGGCCUCUGCAGAUCCCGCCACGUUUCCGGCCGGCGUGGUCUUCGCCUGCGCCUCCCUCCCGCCUUUCCCACCGGCUGGGCAGACGCCUCCCUUCCUUGCAAGCCGGCCCUGGCAGGGAGAUGAUGGCCGGGCUCGGGCUGCGCUUGGCUUUGCUGCUGCUGCUGCUGCUGCUGCUGCUGGCACCGGCCUGCCUGGGCGGCCUCCACUUCAAGGAAGGACAGAGCUGCUACAAGCCGCUGCCGCGCCGGAGCCCCGGAGUCAGAACUUACCCUCGCCCUCACGAGCACCUGGAUAUCUCUAAGCUGCCUCAAAGCUGGGAUUGGCGUAAUGUAGAUGGAGUCAAUUAUGCAAGCACUACUCGGAACCAGCACAUUCCUCAGUACUGUGGAUCCUGUUGGGCUCACGGAAGCACCAGCGCCCUUGCAGAUCGCAUCAACAUCAAAAAGAAAGGUGUGUGGCCCUCGGCUUACCUUUCGGUUCAGAAUGUGAUCGACUGCGCCAAUGCUGGCUCUUGCGAAGGGGGGGACGACUAUGGCGUGUGGCAGUACGCCCACGAGCACGGCAUUCCGGACGAGACUUGCAAUAACUACCAAGCCAAAGAUCAAGACUGUCAGAUAUUCAAUCAGUGUGGGACGUGUGUUACUUUCGGACAAUGUCAUGUGAUCAAGAACUACACUCUCUGGAAAGUGGCUGAUUAUGGGUCUGUCAGCGGACGAGAAAAAAUGAUGGCAGAAAUCUAUGCCAAUGGUCCCAUUAGUUGUGGGAUCAUGGCUACUCAAAAGCUGGAUGCGUACACUGGAGGACUUUAUAUGGAAUACAGCCCAUCUGCUGAAAUAAACCACAUUGUCUCCGUCGCUGGUUGGGGUGUCGAGAAUGGAAAGGAGUACUGGAUUGUCCGUAACUCUUGGGGAGAACCCUGGGGUGAAAGGGGCUGGCUCCGAAUUGUAACAAGUGCAUGGAAAGGAGCCGAAUACAACCUUGGUAUUGAAGAGAGCUGUACUUACGGAGAUGCAAUACUUUCUUGAAUGAACUCUAGGUGUUAUUUGGAGCUGGGGACUUGCAAGAAGCCAAAGAGGCAUAGAAAUGACAAAAAUCUCUCUCAUAAAAUGCCAUACAUUCACAAGGGGUGGGGUUGAGUAGAUCAGUCUUCCCACCCCACACUUUUAAUGAACUAAGCUGCUGUCAACAUUUUGAGGACAAUGAUCAUGGCUCCAACCUCCACAAGCUUUUCCUUUGGAAGGUGGAGGGGUUGGCCAUGCUGGCAGAGGCUGAUGGGAAUUGUAGUCCAUGAACUCCCCAGGUGUGCAAGAAACCAUGCCUUUGUUUGUGGGUGGGCAGUACUUGUACAAGUACUGUGAGAGGUACUUGACUGUCAGAACUGCUGUUAGUUGUAAUCUUGAAUUGUAAGGAAUGUUCCAGGAAGUUAUUUUUUUGUUUGUUUAAGAUGCACAUAAAAAACUUACAUGUGAAUUACAUGUACCAAUUUCACUAGGGGAGAAGGAGUUCAGGACUUUUAAAGUGAAUUGUGUUAAAACUGCUUUAUCUUACCGGUGAUACAGAGUUGAUUUUUUUAAAUAAACUUUUGUUGUACGAUAUUGUAAUUUUCAUUAAAAAUAAUGAGAUAUUUGACA